AUGAAGGGGCUCUUCUCCAAGGGCUCCAGGAGCAGCGGAACUGCCACCGCCCCCUCGACCUCCGCCGCGCCCGUUAAGAAAGAUCUGGUCCCGCAGAUCUCCCCGCUGGAGAAGCGGCUGCAGGAUAUGGGCUCGAUCCGCGACGAUGGCAGCGACAAGUUCUUUGGCAUGGAAAACUACGGAAACACAUGCUACUGCAAUUCGAUCUUACAAUGUCUCUAUUACUCUGUUCCCUUUCGCGAGGCCGUGAUUAACUACCCGCAACGAACGCCACUGGACAGCCUUGAAGCCGCACUCGCCACCAACCUACGAUACCAGAACCCGAAUGCACACCUGGAAGCCGAGGCGCUCGCCGCCAAACAGAAGGCUUCCUCGCCACCGUCAGCGCGCCAGGCUGGUGUUCCUCCGAAUCAGCCCCAAAAGCCCGAAGACAAGGACUCGCCGGAAUACAAGAAGAAGGUCGCCCUCCAGACCCUGCCGAUCUUGGAGACCAAGAACAAUGCGACUAGUUAUGGAAUGUCCGAGUCGCUUUUCACCUCGCUCAAGGACAUCUUUGAGUCGGUGGUGGGAAGUCAGUCACGGAUCGGAGUGAUUCGGCCGCAACAGUUCCUGGAUGUACUACGGCGGGAGCACGAAAUGUUCCGGACUGCCAUGCAUCAAGAUGCGCACGAGUUUUUGAACUUACUACUCAACGAGGUCGUGGCCAAUGUCGAAACAGAGGCAACCAAGCAAGCAUUCACCGAGAAGGCUUUGCCACCCACGGAAAGCGCAGACUCGUUAGGAAUGUUGACACCCAGCACCGGAUCGAAAUCACCAAAUACAACGAGAUGGGUGCACGAGCUGUUCGAGGGGACUUUGACAUCUGAAACCAAGUGUCUUACAUGUGAAAAGGUCUCACAACGAGACGAGGUUUUCCUGGAUUUGUCCGUGGAUCUAGAGCAACAUUCAUCCGUCACAUCGUGUCUUCGGAAGUUCUCCGCAGAAGAGAUGCUUUGCGAGCGGAACAAGUUCCACUGCGAUAACUGUGGUGGACUUCAAGAAGCCGAGAAGCGUAUGAAAAUCAAACGUCUGCCACGUGUGUUGGCUUUGCAUUUAAAGCGUUUCAAAUACACAGAGGACUUGCAGCGCCUACAAAAGCUGUUCCACCGCGUUGUCUACCCAUAUCAUCUUCGUCUGUUCAACACCACCGAUGAUGCCGAGGACCCUGACCGGCUCUAUGAACUGUAUGCAGUGGUUGUUCACAUCGGCGGCGGACCCUACCAUGGCCACUAUGUCGCCAUUAUCAAGACAGAGGACCGCGGCUGGCUACUCUUUGACGAUGAGCUGGUUGAGCCCGUUGACAAAAACUACGUGCGUAACUUCUUCGGCGACCGUCCGGGACUGGCGUGUGCCUAUGUUCUGUUCUACCAAGAGACCACCAUCGAGGCCGUUAUGCGCGAGCAAGCACAAGAAGAUCUGGCCUCCGCCACUGGCACCGCUGAGACUGGCGAAGCGAAACAGAACGGUUCACCGUUGUCACCACCGCUAGCACAUGUUCAAAGUGCUUCCCAAGUGCCUUCGCACGAUACAGCUCCUUUCUCACCUAUCAACCGAAUCCCGACGGCACCCCAGUUGUCCACCCACGCAGAAGCUCCAGAACACGAAACCUCCCCACCGCUACCCGUUCAAUCACCAGUCCAGCCACCUCUUCCCCCGAUUCCGGAUGAGCCCGCUCCUUCGCUGAGCCCGAAGAAGAGUGACUACCAACUCCGGCGGGAGAGAGCACGAGAGGACAAGGAACGGGAGAAGGAACGCCGUGCUGCGGAGAAGGAGAAGGACAAGAAUGAAAAGCUCCGCCAAAAGGAACAGGAUCAGCACAACCGAGAAAUGCAGAAACGCGAGGCCGAGGAGCUGGAAAGAGCUCUGAAGGCCAGCAAGCUCGAUGCCAACGAGCUCAGUGCUGAGAAUGGAUCACCUAGGAAAUCGGGCUUUGGUUUCCUGAGACGAGGCAGCCGCAGUAUCAGCCAACGCCUGAACAAGGAGAAAGAACCUCGUGUCUCGACGUCGGAUGUUUCAUUUACGACGCCUGUCCCAGAACCCGUCCCCGAAGCCCUAGAGAUACCCCGCAAGGAGGUUCCUCGCAAGGAUGCACCACGCAGGUCAGAAACGUUCCAGUCCCCGAUGUCUCCAAUGUCUCCAAUGUCCCAAACGUCGCCUAAAGACAUCCCUCUAUCCAACAAGCAACCCAUUCGGGGCCCCGACCCCCUGGCCAAAGACCAUUCCGCCAGCCACGAAAAGUCCGGCUCUACUCACCGGUGGAGAUCUUUCAGCUUCAAGAAGAACGUCAACAGCGUUUCUUAA